AUCACCCGACGGCGCGUCGCACAGCGGCACAAGAGGAUAAAUGGCCAAUCUGGUACGGCGUCUAAAGCAAUGGCCGACGUUGCACCACCAGGGCUGCGCCUGCACAACACCGCAUCAGUUUCUCUCCCCACUCUUCCCGCCACUCACAAAAGCCGUCUUUCCUCAUCUCUCGCUAACAGCAGUGCCUUUGGCUCAUCGUAACGUCCAUAACCGAACACGCGGCCUCAGAACGCCCAAUGCGCCAAUACCGUCUGAUCUCGAACAACGCGGUGGCGGCGGCUCGGAUUCCGAUGAACUGAAGAGUCGAAACCAGCUUAAACGCGAGGCUCGGCGCGCCGUCCGUUGGGCCAUGGAGCUCGCCUCCUUCUCUACCCCUCAAAUCAAACGUAUCCUCAGAUUGGCCUCGCUUGAGCAAGAGGUGAUGGAAGCUAUAAUGCUAGUGAAGAAAUUUGGGCCUGAUGUGCGAGAAGGAAAGCGAAGGCAAUUCAAUUAUAUUGGUAAACUGUUGAGGGAAGUGCAACCUGAGUUAAUGGAUGGGUUGAUUAAGGCUACAAAAGAUGGUGACCAGAGUAGGCUGCAGGCUUUGUCAGGGUCAAUGGUUAUUGGAGAGCAUGAUGAAGAAGCUGAAGAAACUGAAUACGAGGAGGAAGAAGAGGAGGUGUCUGAUGAAUACAUGAACAUAGCAAUCAGAUGGUUUGAAGGUCUGAUCAGUAAGGACAUCAAAAUCACCAACGAAAUUUAUUCAGUUCGGAGCGUUGAGUUUGAUCGUCAAGAGUUGCGUAAACUUGUCCGGAGAGUUCACUCAAUUCAAGAACGGCAGAUCACUACUGAGGAAAACGAGAGAGAGGUAGAUGAAGAAGUCAUGGCUGCCAGAAAGUCCCUCACCCGUUUCCUUCUUUCAAUUGCGAAGCAAAUGCCUAGUGAUUGAAUAUACGUGAUUAUAUUCAUUUGUAUCAUUAUUUUGUGCCCUUAAGCACUUCUUUCGAAAGCACAUGACUCGUAGAUGCAAGGUAAUAGUUGAUGCUUGAUAAUAUUUUUACA